AUGGAUUAUCCCCCAAUCGUUCCCAUGCGUAGAUCAUCUCUUUCAGCCCCGACUAGCAGGAAUGGAUCUAGGGCUGGUUCUCGAGCUGGAUCGUUAACUGCAGAGAGCUUGAAGGCGCAUGAUGCUUUCUUGGAGCAGGAGAGCAAACAGCAGCAGCAACAAUGCCAAUUACCUCAGGUUACAGUGGAACGUGCACCUCCCGUCGAAUAUAUGAGCAGUCAUCCCGAUCAGAGACAACUUGAACCGGCUCCAUCCGUCGAGUCACACAGGGAUGCUCUCCACGACCACAAACCGCUUGUAGAUAAUAACGGAGACCCGUUCUUCGGCAAGCGCCUCACUGCGCAUAACACCCCAUUUUCCCAAGCAUCUGUUGAGACAAACGGGACUCACUCCGCGGCAGACAUAUCGGAAGCCAUGGCUGUGAAUAUUUACCCGCACCAAAAUAAAUCCGUUUUGAUGGUUCAUCAUAUGUCGAAACCCGUAGAUCCUGCCCUCGCCGCAAACGCGUUACAGGGGCCAGAAUUUGCCCAGACGGGAUAUGCUACGGAAACGGGGAAAGUCUUAGACAACCCUAAAAUUAUAGCUACUGGUCCCGAUGGUGUGCCCGCAACGCCUCCCCAACAUCAAUUCUCGAUGGAUGAUGUGGAUUCACCUCUUAGAAACCCGCGUGCUCCCCCCGAACCGCCAAUGAUCAAGUUCAUCCCAGCUACGCCAUCUGGACUUACGCCUGCCGCCGAAAAAGAAAAGAUGCUAGGUAAUUACUUCGAGCAGACUCAAAAGCGACCUUCCUUGGUACGUCGCGCCUUUAGUCUUCGUAAGAGCACGACAAUAGAUACUACGAGGCAGCCAUACCCGACGGCUGAAGACCCACCACCUGACGAGUCAAAAUUGCAUCCAUUCUGGCAACCCGCGUUUGAUGAUGACCUCGAAGAAUACGAUUACGAUGAUUGGGCACGUGACGUUCCUGCAGAAGUGGAUACGCUUUACAGAUAUCCCCCAGUUGACAAUCGUCCAGUUCGUCGUAGGAGCUUGAGCGAACGAAUGAAGCGUACAUUCGCUAUAUUACCUAUCGAAGACGAGGAUCAUUACACAGUAUCCACUCAGCGUAGUCCAGAACGUCGCACCGUCAAGCGCACACCGAGUGGCAGACUCCGCGUAAUGAAACACCGUGAUAGCUAUAGCACUCUCGAGUGGAACAGCCGCCGCAAUUCUCGUGACCAUGAAGUUGAAGGGCGGCCGUCUACCGCGCCCGACCAGCAGGCUCGACGUGCUUGGGGCGCUGAGAAACGAGUCGAUGAUAGAGGGCGCAGACUCUUCCCUAACUGGCAGGAUAAGUUGGAACAAUACAGACCGCAGAAUUUGCAGCGCAGAUUAAGCGAGCAUCGUCGGCAGAAGCGCACGGAGGUUCUGCGGCAAAAAAUAAGCGGUCCGCGCGAGGUCCGAGAUGGUGUAGGUGAAGUGAUCAAACGCAACAGUUACAAGGGGCCUUCAUACCAGACCAUUUCCCGCCGAACGGGAAGGCGAACGGAGCAACACACUACCAGCGGCACCCAACACAGGCGCAUCAACAUCGCAGAUCCGUCUACAUCUAAUUUCUAA